AUGGACCAGCCCCUCUUGCCUAAAAGCUACGGCACCUUGCCGCGAUAUUCGGUCCACGACAACUCCGUCUUCCCGUCUUCGCUGCGCGGGAAGCGAAUUCUUCUUUGCACAGAAUCCUUCGGGCCCGUCAAUGGCGUUAGUCGGACGACCUUGAUGCUCGUCGAGCACCUGCGAUCUCAUGGCGCGCUUGUCGCCGUCGUCGCCCCUCAUAACCACACCCAGCACAACACCUUUGCCCCCACGACAGAGACCGACAGCCAAGUCGAAGUGCGCCUCCAGGGCUACCCUCUGCCCUUCAACCCCGAGCUUUCAGUUGUAUACCCAGUACGCGUGUCAGCCCUCUUUGCGAGGACGUUUGGCUCCGAUACCCCGCCCGACUUGAUAUAUCUCGCCUCGCCGGCGUCCCUGGGCUUCCAGGUCAUGCUUCAGCUGCAGCAGCAGCCAAGAGAAAAACGGGUGCCGGUGAUCUGCAACUUCCAGACCGACCUCGCCGGGUACUGUGCCAUUCUGUUUCCACACCCAUUCAGCACUAUGGCCGUCUUCGCUUUUGCCAUGGUCCAGAGCUUUCUGUUCCGGCACGAGUCCGUCAAGACGGUGUUCUACCCCUCGCGCUUCGUGCGCAAGUAUCUCGAGGCCCAAGGGGUGCAAGGCUCGAAGCUGGAGGUCUUGCGCCGCGGCGUCAAGACGGAGGUUUUCCGACCAGACAUGCGCAGCGAAGCGCUAAGGAAGGAAAUCGCCCCUGACGGAGAGAUCAUCCUGAUAUGCGUAUCGAGGGUGGCGGGCGAAAAAGGCUUCGACUUCCUGGCCAAAGCUGUCAAGAAGUUGGACGCGAGGGGUCUCCGGUUCAAGCUCUAUGUCGUGGGCGGGAAUCGGAACCCCGACGUCGAGCGAGAGGUGCACGAGAUGUUUGACCCUCUGAGAGAGCAAGGCAAAGUCAUAUUCGCCGGAUUCAAGACUGGAGAGGACCUCGCGACGGCCUACGCAUCCGGCGACAUCUUCCUUCACUGCUCCAUCACCGAGACGUUCGGGCUCGUCGUCCUCGAGUCCAUGGCGAGCGGCGUGCCAGUGGUAGCCCGGGACGAGGGCGGCCCGAGCGAUAUCAUCGACGACGGACGCUGCGGAUACCUAGUCCCACCCGAUGACCUCGACAGCUUUGUCGACAAGGUCAUGUACCUGUCCAAAGACCAAGACUGCCGGGCCAAGAUGGCUGCCCAAGCCCGGACCAUGGCUUGCGAAGCUACCUGGGAGAAGAUUAACAACCAAGUCGCGUGGAGGAUGGCCGAUACCAUUGAGGAGCGGGAGCGAGAGAAGGCCCAAAUCGUCCACCAAAGGUCGUCCAUCGCGAUGCAGGCCAGUCAGCUGGUCCCAGUAUACAGCUGGCUACUCAUGAACAACGCCAUACGCGACGUCGUCGUAGGCAGAAUCGUGGAUGCCAAGCUCGUUGGCGGGUUUGGGGUUGUCAUGACUUUCUGGUUCUUCACAGGACUAUACCUGGCGUUUACGGAAGCAGCUCUCUGGGUUAAGGGGAAAAUGCCACGGUUCUGGAAUCAGCGGGCUGUUGUGUAA